GGGAAGCCGCGUAUCACUGGGAAGACGCAGGCGCCUCGUCGUACAACGCGGGGAUGCCGCGACGCGACAGUUGCACCCCAGCCACACCCGGACAAACCAUGUAGUCGGGCUACCCUCCGCACACAGCGGACAAUUGUUGCUUCACCUACAGGUGGCAUUCUUACCUCGUACCGGGGCACUCCGGAACCAGUUGCCGUUUGUCGCCUCACCCGAUACCGCGAACAACGAACCUCCGACCGGGAACUACGCGCGAGUGAACCAGGUGCGGUAUAACGGACGUCCUUCGCGGGCCUCAAAGACGAAUCGUUAGGUCCGCGUACCGGUCUCCCUCGAUCCGAUCCCCCCCCGCCCUCCUCCUCGCCAUCCUCCUCGCCACGAACAUGUUCCGCCGCUUUCGCCUCUGAUCCCCCCGCGGUGUCGCCAUUCGAGUCGAAGGGUUGAAGAGGGUGCGGGCGGUCCGAGUAUCGGGGACGAUGCUUCUCGCGAGAGUCGGCCGAGUGGUUUCGCGCGACGACCGCCACAGGAGCUGAGUUAUCGACCACACGCACCGUCUGCGUCGCCCUACGGCGUCACCCGCGCCUUCUGCGCCGACCUGUUGUCCAACUUGUUGCUCUUCCGUGUACCUGCCGAAGCAUCCGGAAUCGUCUCGACGUCGCCGCGAGCUGCACCUGACCCCCGGCUCGUCCCUUCGGCCGAACUCCCUCCCUCCCUCCCUUCGCUCCCUCCCUCUCGCCUCCCGCCUCCGUUCGCCGGACCCCAUCCCCCGUCGACUCGGUCGUUGCACCUGACGCCCGUCGUCGUCGUCCGCAAAAGUGAGGAAGGGAAUUAAAAGCAUCCCCUGCUUUCCAGACAUUCGACGGACGUCGUCGUCUCGAUAUUCUACGAGAAACCGCCACCCUCUGCGAAGUGCGUCGCGCGGAGACAAAGGGGUUCGUUCGUGGCACAUGCUGGAAACGGUGGUCGGACGUCCCUCCGUUCCCUUGACGAGGGAUCCUCCGACGGCGCGCAAAGGGGGUGAAUACCGAUGCGGGGUGUUCGGGGACGAGAUCCCGUCAACGAUUCGCGCCACGCUUGCAAUUAGUCCGGUGUUCCUCGACCAGCGGGGGCACCGAGAGUGAUGAGAGAGACGUCGAGACUUUAACGUCGAACGAUCGUUAUAUCGUUGGCCUUUGGCGCCAUCGCAAUCGCAAUCGCCGUCGCCGUCGUCGCAAUCGUCGAUGUUAUACCGUUUAUUGUUGUUAUUGUUGUUGUUGGUUUUGUUACUGUUAUUACAACUCUUCCACCCGUGAAUACAACGAAAGCAAUACUGAAACAAGGUAACCAAACGUGCGACUCGCCCGCAACUCGACUGCAUCCAUUUAUACAUCGGUGGUAACGACGAUAACGAUUCCAUUUGAAAUCGCGUACCCUCGCCGAUAAUUGUAAAAGCCACGAUACCAGUAUUAGUUUUAACACCAAGGAUAAUAAUCGUAAUAUAUAUAUAUAUAUACAUACAUAUAGUGAUAGUACAACGGUAACGGUAACGGUAGUACAGUUACGGCUCUAGUCUUACAUUAGUUACACAGCCAUAUAGCCAUAGCGAUAGUAAUAUUCGUAGUAAUAGCAAUAGCGGUAGGUACCGGUAAUAUAGUAUUUACGAUACUGAUAACAAUAACACGAUAAUAACAGCGGAAACCACCACCCCCGGUACGUGUGGGCAGAGCUCUUCUUCGGGAGCACGUCUCGCGGGGUCGAGAUCGGGUGUUUCCCCGUAGCGCGGAGGGUUGAGAAAUCCUCGGACUCGGUAACGAUAGCGUCGUAGGACCAACGAAAGCUAGACCGUCGGCGAAAUCUGCAAAAUGCCGCGAUGUUACAUGGUGAAAAAGGCGCUAUGCAACAAGUACAUGAGCGGCGCCGUGAGGAGCCUCGAAUCUUGGGGAAGGAGUAGAACGCCUCCGGCUCCGCUACCCGUCAAGGAAUCCAUCGCAUCGUCCGCCCUCGGACCCUCCUCGACGUCGGACGUUGCGCGAGAUCUGCCGGUGACGUCGAAUCCCGGCGAAGGAUCAACGGAGUCACCGAUCGCCCCCACGGCCCCGCAGCGAUUCAACUUCCGAGAGGUAGCGGGGGCGGAAUGCCCGACGGUGGUGCAGCAGGUGAUCGCGCGAUCAACGGAAUUGUCAGCCCGCGGGUUCGCCGCACCCCAGGCGGAAUGCUUCCCCACGCGGUAUUCGGGCGCGAUCCCCUCGGCGGAACCAACGCUCCCCGAGGAACGCGCCGCGCCCUCCGUACCGCCGGGCGUCCGCGGAGAGACGAAGGAGAGGGUCGGGGCCCCGGCGUCCCGGUCGACCGCCGAGCACGAGACGCCGAUGUCCAAGGAGAGGUCGGCCGCGGAAACGGAAGCGGCUCACGAUCUCUUGGAACUGUCGAGGUCCCUCCCGCCGCUCCCCACGCCGAGCGUCGUCGUGGGGCCCCACGAAGUCGUCGAGACUCCGGCGACGGACUUUCAGGAGAUGGCGGUCUACCACCCCGAGAGUUCGGUCUACCAGGUGAACACCAUCGACCUGGUGGGCAAUCUGUACCACCCGCAACCGGCGAGCAUCGUCUACGAGCCGACGACGAUAAUUCAGCAAACCGCCGGGGGUCUCUUCGUCCCUCUGUCCCCGGUGCAGGAGAUCCUCUUCGCCUACGGCGAGCCCGCGGCCAUCCCCAUGCUCGUGUCCGAGCCUCUGGAACCGGCGCCGCCUCUCACCCCGCCGGCCUCGGAGUGCAGCAGCGACAUCGAGAACAACAACCCGAAUCCGCAACCCACCCGGGACAAACAGGUGCAGACGAUUGCCGAACAUCAGGCGGAGGUGAAGCCGGCCGCGUACACCUACGACACGUUGCUCGUCGCCGACGGACGUUCCAAGAACAAACGUGGCUCUCAGGCGAAAAGUGUCGCGUGUCAGGAUCAUCCGGCCGUAGAAGUUGCGGAGACCGCGGAGCCACCCGAGGCCCCUAGGGUCGGAAGAUACGUUUGCUGCGAGUGCGGCAAGCAGUACGCUACCUCCUCGAAUCUGUCGAGGCACAAGCAGACCCACCGCAGCAUAAAUUCGCAGUCGGCGAAGAAGUGCAUCCACUGCGGCAAGGCGUACGUCAGCAUGCCCGCCCUCGCGAUGCACGUGCUCACGCACAAGCUCGCCCACAGCUGCGGCAUCUGCGGCAAGAUGUUCUCGAGGCCGUGGCUGCUGCAGGGCCACCUCCGCAGUCACACGGGCGAGAAGCCCUACGGGUGCGCCCACUGCGGCAAGGCCUUCGCCGACCGUUCGAAUCUGAGGGCUCACAUGCAGACCCACUCCGCCGACAAGAACUACGAGUGCUCGAGGUGCCGCAAGACCUUCGCCCUCAAGUCCUACCUCAACAAGCACCUGGAGUCCGCUUGUCAGAGGGACACUUGCGACGAGAGUAGCAACGACACCGACGCGCCCUAAGGGAUGACGGCGCAAGGGGCGGCUCACGACGAAGGACAAUGAUCUAGAAUAGAGGCGGUAGACGAUGCGAUCGUUCCUCGGAGCGAGCGAGGUGGGUGAGAAAUCAAAAUUCCACCCCGUGGCGAUUCGCGAGCAAUGGACACUCGGCGCCACCCAAAUAUUCGUAUGCGUUGGCCAAGUUUGCGUACGACGUACGUAUACGACGUAACGCGCCGUAUGCCCUGGACGGACGUCGUCUCCGCGAGUACAAUUCAGAACGCAAUAAACUUCUCAUGGAUAAACCGUAGGGUCGUACGAAGUCAUCGUUGUCACCGACUCGAUGCAAUCGAAUUAUAACGUUGGAAUGCCAGGCUCCUCUGUUACUCGUUACAAUCGUUGGGAUUGCAACGAAACCGGCGAUUGUACGGAAACCACGGGGACUCGGUGAAAUCCCAACUUGAUAUCUGCAACUUAUAUAGCUAAACUAGAUUAUAUCGGCAUUCGUUCGUACGAGUAUAUCGCAACCGCCGAGUUAAUAUAUUAUACAUCGAUAAAGUUGAUACCACCCACGUAUACGUGGCAAUGAAACAUAUCGCAUAGUUUUGAUAGUGUAUGCCUACGCGACAUGGACGAGUAUGUUCAAUGUAGGUAUUACGAUUGGCUGCCCAUACCUAUGUAUAUGAGCAUAGUUUUAUUGUUCGAAUGCGAUGCAGCCGUUCUAGUCAGCUCGACGAUUAUAUUUUAGUUCCCGUUCCCCGCGGAUCCUCGAAAUCUUCAUCUUCCAUCUUCCGUUUAACAGGAUUCGCUACCAUCAGUUUGCAAUACGAUUCGUCUUACGGAGCAUUUCGUUAGACGUAGUUUUUUUCAAUGGCACGUAAGGUCGUAACCGCCGUUACGUAGGUCAUUUGGCUUUUUGUAACCGCCCUAGCUCAUAUAAUUUAUAAUUUCAUUGUAAACGUGGAUAAUUAUUCAAGAAUAUUGGAAUCGAAUUAUACAGUGGGUCAAUUAGAAGCGAAAGGUCGUGACCGGUAGUUACGACUUCUCGUCCUUACGAUUGGGAAAAAAAUAGCGGUGUUUGGCGAUCGGUCAGAACUGUAUUUGCGACCAUCCGUUUGAGGUUUAAAAAAUUCACAAUUACUUGACCAAUAUUAAAAAAAAUGUUGAGGGUGCUUUUUAGAGUGAGGUGAUUAAAAAUGGUGAGGGAAUAUCACCUUGGAAUCCCCGAACGCACCGACUCUCUGCUAAGCCUUGAAAAUUUUUAUGAAGUCGAGAGGGAUUUUAAUUUUCUAGUGAAAAUGUGAAAGGCAUAAAAAAGUUUCACAUCAACGUAUGUAUACCUAUUAGAGUGGCGCAAAAAAAAAAACGACUAUUCUUAUUUUUUGCGUCUCCUAUAUGAGAAUAUAUCAGUUUAACAUGUUCCAAGAGCCCCCUUCAAACAUCAGCUUGAAAAAAAAAUAUUUUCGGGGUUGCUCAAAAUUUUUUUUAAAUUUCCAAAAUCGACUGGAAUUGAAUUUCUUUUUCUUAAUAUUCCUUUCUCAUUUUUUGUUUUAUAUUUUAGUUUGAAAAUGAUGGAGAUUCCGAAAAUUUCAAGUUCAUAUUUUGAUUGCUGCAAGUUGCUCCAAAAUUUUUUAACUUCCAAAGUAAAGUACUGAAAAUGUUUUCGAGCGAAAGAUUGAAAAAAAAAGAAAUUCAAUUUCAGACGGUCUUUGAAAUUUUUAAAAAGCUUUAGCGACCCCCAAAAAAUUUUUGAGCCGAUCUGUGGAAGGGGCUCUUAACACAGGCAGAACUAAUAUAUUUUCGUGGUAGAUGCGAAAAAAAUAGUGGGUCAUUUUCACUACCCUAAUAUUUGUAUUAAUUUUACUAUCGGGGUAGUCGAGAAAAGCAAGGGGACAUCGAUGAAAGCUGCCAAACUGAUAUUGGUACAUACGAAUCGUCCAAUUUGCUUGAUAGUUUGUUUCAAACGGGCACUCGAGUCGAUAUCUUAAUUAGAUAUUACCCAAAUGUGGAUUCGAUUCAUUUUUGGAUGAUCGCGUUUUUCCAUAGUCGCAAAAGAGAGUCAUUGAAAAGUGGGUAUGUCGUGGUCUGGCUAAUAUAGAAAUAAUAACACAGACGAGAAUUAAUGAACAAACGUGAAAAUACAGCCCAAAGUUAGAGAACGAGAGUGCGAAAGAGCUCGGGAGGGAGAAAAAGUUCCACAGUUUAUUUUAGUAAAUAAUUAGGAAAAUUUAACGAAAAACAGAAAUAGAGUUUAAUUCUGAAUUUGGACCCGGCGUAAGAAUAAAACCGAAUUAUUCGAACUCUGUUCGGAUUGACAACCAACAGCAACUGCAACAAAUAUGUAUAAACAUACUUAUAAGUAUAUAUAUGUAUAGGGUGUAGAUUAGUGUGAUACAAGGUACGACAAAGCAAUAAUUUAAUUGUAUAAUAAUUAUUAUACAGUGAUUGUAGAUCUAAGUUAUCAGCAACUUCGUAAAAUAUAAAUAUUUACUCGAUAAAAACGUAUAUAGUUUUGUAGAAUUUCGGAAUUUAUUUUCACUUUAGUAACAAAAAGUUAUGACGAAAGAUAUUAUAGACAAAUUACGCGAUUAGGAUAUAUAGGACUCGUAUACUACAGAUAUUCAUUCAUUCCGCGAUUAGUAUGUUUAUGGGGUGCCAAAUUUUCCAAAGGGAAAUACACGAGUAUAAUAUCAACGUUCUGUCACAAGGAAUUCGCGCCGCCUCAUUCGCCGUGAUAAUCCGCUCCGGUGAGUAAAAUCAUCAUCCAUCUCCAUUGUCAGACUCUUAGAAACGCAAUCUUUAGCAGUUGGGCCCGUAACGAAUGACCGAAUAAUAUGAUGCAAAAUAAACGUGAAUCGACUUUUCCAUUGAUAAAAAAUUACCAACAUCGGGGUGAAUUUUCAAAUAGAACACACCGAUUCAAUGUAUUCGGUGCACGGUCGACACUGUGCAUAAUGGCAAAUACAUAUUACGGCGCUACGAUUUCGGUGAAUUAUCUGAAACGUGAAAUUAUUCACGGGAUACUCCGCAAAUAACUAGUCUAUUUGAAAUCGUUGGACGCAAUCAAAGGCGUCCACCGACAGAAUCGUUCGGGUCAGCAAUAUUUUAUUCGAUAAAACGAAUAAAAGUGAAAUUAUACAUCCAAACUUUCUCUCGCACCGGCAGACCUGCGGCAGACUUUCUCUGCCGAUAGUUUCGAACGUCGCGAACACGCAGCAGAACCAUAACGAUGCACGUGGCGUCGACUCAUGCUUACAAUUUCGAUUAUACUUGGGAAAAGUUGCAGAUGCGCGUUGAUAUCGUAGCCACUGCUGUCAUUUAGAAAUGUGACCCGAUCGAAGCUUAUCAAGUUGAAAUUCAACUGACCUUACAAUUACUAGUCAGACGUCCUAACAAGAGAACCGUAACGUUGCGGAACUGCGAAUGCUCCUCGUCAUAAAUUAAUUUACUAGUCCUAACGAGAUAAAGAACAAUUUGAUUGUACUAAAUUUGUAAACUUUAUUAAUUACAAUACACGUUGUCAAGAA